AUGCGUCCAUUCCUGCCCCAGAGCUUGCGCGCAUUGCGUACUCUUUCAUCCAAAACCACAUCCGCCACCUCUACUCGUUUUCUCUCAACACAGCUCACACGGCCCCAAUUUCUCACCCGAUCCUCGACUCUUGGUCAGGCACGCUUUGUUAUCCCAUCAGUCAUCCGUCACAACUCUACAGCCAACCCUCUUACCGCCGAUGCCACCCAACCCGAAACUGACGCUGAGCGUGAGCGCAAAAACGAAGAGCGUCGCAGCAAUGAGGAAGCCUAUCGCAUCACAUUUACCUGCAAGCCAUGUGGCGAGAGGUCCGCACAUCGCAUGUCGAAACAAGGCUACCACCGGGGCACAGUGCUGAUCCAGUGUCCAACUUGCAAGAAUCGGCAUGUGAUGAGUGAUCAUUUGGGCAUAUUCUACGAUGAGAAAACAACAUUGGAAAGCAUAUUGCAGGAGAAGGGGGAGUCCAUCAAGCAUGGGAAGAUGGAUGGAAAUCUGGAAUUCUGGGAUGAUGGUACCACGCUGAAGUCCAAUGGCAACAAGGAUGAAAGUAAGAAGGGCGACGAUGCCGCGGCUUAA